AUGGCAGACGCUGACGAAGAUGCGCUUCCAUCGAGCUCUCGGGGCCCGCAAAGUGCGGGAGAAGGAGAGGAAGGGGAUGAGGAAGCACAAGAUUUUCGAUACCUGGCAUCGCUUACCGGCGGUAGCAAGCAAUUGCAAGGAGCUACUCUCAAACGUGGCGUCAAAGACUUCGAGCCUAACCCUACCCGAUCGCAGGCCGACGCGCUCGGUGAAAGCCGAAUAGCGAUGUACGAUGCGCUGAGUGUGCUGCGGUCGCAAGCAGCAAAGAAUCACAAUGUUGGGCAAUUCGUAGAUGAUAGGAGCUGCGGCAGACCGUGGGACUUGAGGCUGAGAGCUUCACUCCGAGGCGAGGACUGGGAUUCACGUUGCGUCGUGAUCUACAAAUUCAAAAGCACAUUCAGCCGCACCAUUGGAAGAGGGGACUUCAGAUCGUGGACGUGGUUACUGCCUGAGGAAGCGCUCUAUCUUCUGGAAAGGGGCUCAUUGGAUAUUAGGUGGCCCGAUGUACCGAGUCCGGACGAGGCUCACACAGGCGAGCCGGAGCUUGCAUCAAGCACAGCCAACAUCGACUCUGAACCAGAACAGGCAUCUGAAGCUGAACCACUUGGCGAGCUUCCCAUGAGCUUGCAAGGCGCAUAUGCAACAUUCGUCGGCAGAAGUGGCUUGACUAUGGACCGAUAUCUCGUCUACACUGGAUUGCGCAGGCUUGGAUAUGUUGUUCAAAGGGCAUCGAGCUGGUUUGAUUUCAACCAGACCCAAUCAAACGACGACUCGUCAGACAAGUUACCGUUGCCAGCAACACUCGCGACUCGGCCUUUCACCUCGCCAUCACUCCUCUCGCGCCUGAUUUCCUUCAUAGUGAACCCUCGGAUCGGGACGUCCUGCCCCUCGCACGGACCUCUACUUGCACCUGGCCUCUACCGGAACUACAAUGACGUCUUCCGCUCAUUUUCUCUGAUCCCCUAUGGCCCUCCACGUCUCCACAAAGACCGUACCGAACCAGGAGGACCUUUCUCUAUUGCCUUCCACGUAUGGCGACCUUCGAGCCCUUAUAAGAAGAGCGCUCCCCCACCAGUUGAUUUCCGCAUCUGUGUUCUGGAUGCCCGUGCCACUAACGUCCCGACCAUGACCGACAUUGGGACAUUACUCGAUUCAAUGCCGAGUGAUGAGUUGCCAACAGACAAGCGCGCCGAGGCGAAGAUCAAGCACGGCAAGCGUAGUGUGAUCUUGGCAGUUGUCGACAUCGGCGUGGUCAGCUAUCUGCGCUUCAACGACGCGAGUGUUGGCAGCUACAAGAUCUACGAGGACAAGACGGCCAGGGCGCAGAAGGGCAGAGCGAGAGGUGGCAGUGCAGGUGGCGGAGGCAGGGGCGGUGGGAGAGGACGAGGCCGAGGGCGAGGGAAAGGAGGGCGCUGA